CAGCGUGAACCCUAACUGACCCAGAGCGAUCGGAGCUGACGACGAUGGCCGGGAAGGCGGCUGCCGCGACGGCGGCGAGGUGGGCGGAAGGGUACCCGUGGAAGGAGAAGCUGGCCAAGUACAAGGGGGAGCUCGGGAAGGGGGUGUGGGGGUACUGGGAACUCGGCGCGUGGAAGCCGCUCGGCAUCAGCGGCCGCAAGCGUGCCCGCCUCCGCAAGGAGGUGCUCCUCGCCGGCGAGGACUGGACCUACGACCCGCCCCGCGGGGAGAUGCGCACCAAGCGCAAGGGCCACAAGUGCGACCGCAUCUCCGCCGAGAAGCGAGCAAAUACUGUUGAGCUGAUGAAGAAGAUGCCCCAGAUGCUGCUCGACUACAAGAAACGUAGGUGGGAGAAAAAGAUGAAAGAGGAGGAGAGCGGCAAGAGUUGAUAUCAAACAGCUAAUCCGUGGUGCUGCUCUUCCUAAAUAAGGUUCAAACUUUAUUCAGGAGGUUUACAAGAUGGCUAGAUUCUGACGCAUCAUUUCUUUGGUGGAUUCCUUCUCUCCUGUGAUGCAACUUUGGAUGCGCAAUCCUGAUUGUAAUACUUUCCAACACUUGUGCCACUGGAUCAUGAUUUUAGUGAGCCCCAACUUCUGCAGAACUAGUAUUUUGUUGAGACAAAUCAGCUGUAUGCAUACCUUUGUGUCCAAUAAAUUUGUUCAUCAUGUAAGAUCAUUGCUUAGUCUUGUUUGA